UAUCAUAUCGCCCGCUAACAUUACUCGUUAGUAAGUUGAAAGUUUAAGAAUUGAACACCCAACAGCGUAGAAUAAGACUAUAAAAUAGUUUAACAGUUUACAUAAAUCUCAAGGUUACAAAAUUAUUUUAUUAAUUUUUAAUAUUUUGAAGUUUAUUUAUUUUCUUAUGACAAUUUAAAAUUAAAAUGCAGAAGUGAUUUUGUUCGAGAAGUUUGAAACAAAUAUUAUCAACGUUUGACAUUCGAUGAUUUGAUUUUUAUUUAAAUACACAAUGAUUUCAAUACUUGAUCAGUUUGAGCAGGGAGUUGAAAGUAGAAUUAAAAUACCGCCAACAUCCAAGCAAUUGCUGGAAGGAAGUUUUGAUAGAGACACAGAUCUCCAAGGAGUACCCAUUCUAUCCAAGAAGAAAGUCAAUUUCUCUCCGAGCGAUAAGAUUACUCAGUUGCUGGUAAGCAAUGAAUAUGUGGUAUUAGUCAUGGUCAACAAUGUGUUGUUGCGAAUAAACUUAAAACAGGACAAUAUCGAAGAAAUUGAUACAUUGAAAACUUCAUCUCUUAAAGUUAAGCAAUUGUUCUUGGAUCCCUUUGGAGAGCAUUUAUUAAUUUCAUGUGGUAACAUAAAUAGUUCUCAGUUAUUUUAUGCAACUAAACUGUCCAAACUCAAACCUGUAGGAAAAUAUCAGGGCUCAGAAAUAACAUCUGUGGCUUGGAACUAUGAUCAUAGAGUGAAAUCUACAUCUACCACAACUGGGCCUAUACUGCUUGGAAAUUCAUCUGGUACAAUAAUUGAAACACAAUUAGGAACGGAGUUUGAUAGAUUUUUCCAAGGCAGCGUAGUUCAAUAUUGGAAAGAGGUAUUUGAUAUAAGUAAAGGACAACCUAUUCCUAUAAUUGGACUCCAGUAUCACAGAGUUGGAAAAUCAGAUCUAUUUUAUAUAUUAGCAAUUACACCAACAAAAUUGUAUCAAUUUGUUGACUUUAUACUUAAUAAAGACGAAAGACCGAUGUUACAACAAAUCUUCAAUAAUUAUUUGACCAUACCAGAACGUUUUUAUGAAGUCCCAACUGUAAUGAAACAUAGCAAAUUACAUUUUUAUUUUUUAAACAACGAUUUUACUGUUCCAAAAUAUUUUGGAUUCCUUACAGAGUUAGGAGUGUUUGUUGCGGAAAUUGAUAUAAAUAGAAAUGAAAAAACAAUUUUUAGCUCGCAUGAACUCAUUGAGUAUAGUCGGUUGUAUGGAAGAGAUGAUGAUGAUUUCACUGUACCAUUAUCAAUGACAUUUACACGUUAUCAUGUAUUGUUGUUAUUUCCAGAAAGAGUUAUAGCUGUUUCUUUAGUAGCCCCAGCUGAUCGCAACGCAUCCCAAGUGAUGGAUGAAGAUUACUGUUCCGAUAACUAUGGUAGACUGUUGAAUAUAACAAAAGAUUUGAUGACUGGAACAAUUUGGUUGUAUGCAGAACGAGCUGUUUUUAGAUAUAAAAUUACUAAAGAAGAUCGCCAUGUUUGGAAAGUCUAUCUUGAUAAAGGGAUGUUUGAAGAAGCAAAAGAAAUAUGCAUUAACAAUCCUUACAGGAUAAAUCAAGUAUUAGUUAAACAAGCAGAGUAUUUUUUUAAUUCAAAACAGUAUGAAAACAGUGCACUGAUAUAUGCUAACCUAAAUGUAUCAUUUGAAGAAAUUGUAUUGAAAUUUUUACAUUUAAAUGAAAAAAAACCCAUAAAACUGUUCCUUAUGAAAAAACUAGAUGGUUUAAAUUCACAAGAUUAUACAAAAAUCACAAUGAUUACAUUGUGGUUAAUUGAGUUGUUUGCUAAUGAAUUGGCUGUACUUAAAAAUUAUAAGCAAGUAAAAUCAGAAGAAUAUAUUACGCUACAAGAAUCAUUUAAACAAUUUUUAUCUAUACCCAUUAUUCAAGAUUGUAUACGUAAAAAUUGGGAAAGCAUAUAUGAUAUAUUGGCUAGUCAUGGUGAUGUGAAUUUUAUGAUUUGGUUGGCACUUGAAAAUCAAGAUUAUAAGCGAGUUAUUCAGCAUUAUUUAAAUGAAGAAAAUAUUGCUGAGGCAUUAACAUUGUUAGACAACCAUCCAUUUAGUGAAUUAUUUUAUACGUUUUCUUCUGAUCUUGUUGAAAAAGCCCCGGCACAAACUGUAUCUAUUUUGAUAAAACAAGGACAGAAGUUAGAUCCUUUAAAAGUCAUCAAUGCAUUGAUAAUUCCAAACCCAAGCAAAAGACUCGCUUUGGAAAUAAUCAGAUACUUGGAGUACAGUAUUCAUUGCUUGAACUGCCAUGUGGAAUCUGUACAUAACUAUUUGAUAUCUCUCUAUAUCAAGUACAAUAGAGACAAACUGAUGAAUUACUUAAAACUACAAGGUCGAGAGAUAACAGCUGUAAGUUACAAUCCAGAAUUUGCUCUGCGAUUGUGUCGUGAACAUCAGUUAGGAGAAGCGUGCGUACAAUUGUCUAUUGUCUUGGGCCUAUGGGAAGCUGCAGUGGAUCUAGCAUUGACAGUCAGUGUUGAUUUGGCCAAAACCACAGCUUCGUUGCCCAAUAAUAAUAUAGAAUUAUCAAAAAAACUUUGGCUAAAGAUCGCACAAUAUGUAGUAAAACAAAAUAAUGACAUAGAACAAGCCAUGCGAUUUUUGGAAGAGUGCAAGUUUUUAAAAAUUGAAGACAUAUUACCAUUUUUCCCAGAUUUUGUAACAAUUGAUCAUUUUAAAGAUGCUGUGUGUUCAUCUCUUGAAGUGUACAAUAAGGAUAUACAAAAUCUCAAGGAAGAAAUGGAAGAUGCUACCAAAUCGGCCGAAGUAAUUAGAUCUGAAAUUUUGUCAUUCAGAAAUGGAUACAUGUUAAUCCAACCAUCGAAUGAAUGUAGCAGUUGUCAUGAACAAUUAAUGACCAAAGCUUUUUAUACGUUCCCUUGUUCACACUGUUUUCACGCAGAGUGUCUGAUCAAGGAAAUGCAACCAUAUGUCAAUUCCAGUACAAUAAACACUAUUAAGGAUCUACAAAAUCAGCUCAGCACCUUGUAUCAAAACAACAAAGACAUAUCACAGUCAUUGGAAGCAAUCAAUCGUCGCGAUAAAGUCAAAGAUUCCCUAGAUAAAUUAUUGGCAGCUGAAUGUUUUUUCUGUGGCGAUAUUAUGAUCAGUCUUAUCGAUAAGCCUUUCAUAGAAGAUGCUGACUUUGAAAAGAUAAAACAAGAUUGGGAAUAAAAUCUAUAAAAUAUUAUUUAUGAUUUAAUUGUAUUAUUUACUAAAUAACCAUAAUAUGAACAUACCUAUUAUUAUUGUUUAUAUUUUACUUUACUCUAUAUUCAAUUAGAAAUAAUAAUUAUUAUUAUUUUGUCAAUUGAAAUUUGUUGUAUUUUUUAAUUCAUGUCUUCCACAUCAAUCAUGCCAUAUUAUAUGCACAGUUAUACCAUGUAUUGAAUACCUAAUUAUUAUAUUAUAUGAUUUAUAAUACACAAUGAUCUCAAAGG